CCGGAGGGCCAUGGCGGCGGCCUCGGGGCGGCCGAAGGCGGUGGGGCAGGAGGAGCUGCGGCGGCUCAUGAGGGAGAAGCAGCGCCAGACGGAGGCGGCCGGCAGGAAGAGGAAGGUCGACUCGCCCUUCGCCAGAUAUAACAGUUUGGGAAACUUAAGUUGCUCUUUGUGCAAUGUGCCUGUGAAGAGUGAACUGUUGUGGCAAACACAUGUUCUUGGAAAGCAACACAAAGAGAAAGUUGCACAGUUAAAAGAUCUCAAGAAGUCAGUACCGGGGCCUACACCUGAUGCACUGACAUCUCUCAAAAGGAAACCUGCAGACACAGAAUCUCCAGAACAGAAAAAAGCAAAAGAUCCAGGCCACUGCCCGGAUACUGUUCCGUCUGGGCUGCCGGCAGACUUUUUUAGCCAAACAAAACCAGUGGAUGCUGAAAGAGUAUCUGCACAAGAGUCAAACCACACUUUAUUGCUGAAAGAGUAUGAGGACAAGGAGAUGGAGGAGGAAGAAGAGGAGGAGGAGAAGGUGACGGAAGUGAAAGAGCUCAGCAGCAAACCGCCUCCUUCACCCUCGGUUCAAAACACGACGACUUCAGCCCCUCUUCCGAAAGCGUCAGCUGCGGAGAACAUCCUCAGUGACCCCUCGGAAAACAAAACUGCAGCAGCCCCCGUGCCUCUGGUCUCCCAUUCUGGCUCAAUACAGAAAGCAGAAGUCCAGGAAAAGAUUGUGGAAAGGAGAGAGAACACAGCCGAAGCCUUGCCAGAGGGGUUUUUUGAUGAUCCUGAAGUGGAUGCAAAGGUGCGAAAGGUCGAUGCCCCAAAAGACCAGAUGGACAAAGAGUGGGAUGAAUUCCAGAAGGCCAUGCGACAAGUCAACACGAUUUCGGAAGCCAUAGUGGCCGAAGAAGACGAAGAGGGGCGACUUGAUCGUCAGAUUGGGGAAAUUGAUGAACAGAUUGAGUGCUUCCGCCGUGUCGAGCAGCUGCGGGACCGUCAGGAGGUCAUGAGAGAGAAGCUGAAGGAAGCGAUGCGCCUGAGAGCCACCCAAGCCAGCAAGGACGACGAUCUCGGCAGCGAGGACGAAGGGGAGCUGCAGGACUUGCUCUCUCAGGACUGGAGGGCAAAAGGGACUCUGUUGUAGCUCCCAGCUGAAGGGAGGGAGGAUCUCCUGAGCGAUGCCACUCACUGAGCAAGUCACAACCUUUCGGUAAAGUAUUUAUUUUGCAGGUGUUAAAGAUCGAUUGUAAAAUGUGUCGACCAGUUUAAAAUAGAGGGGGGGGAAUGUAAAAAUUGUACAAUAUAAAUUUUUUUUAUACAGUCAAAUGUAGCUUUCCUAUUAAAACACACAGAAAAUGUUCAUUUCCUUUGUAAA